ACCACUCGCUGGUCGACUCGCGUGGUCGCGCGCAAUGGCCGUUUGAGCAUUAAGGAAACUCCGUUCACUUUCGUUUGAUGCCGAAAAUGUAAACGAGCCGUUAAUUAAGGCCAUUCAAAUUUUAUAGCGUUACAUUUAAAUUGAGCGAAGAAACCAAAUGACCAUGGAGUCGGAGAAGAAGUUGAUUGACACGUGCGGUGCGCCGAUGGUGAAGCCUAAUUAUAUGCUCAUGUCCUUGCAAAGGAUAUUUGUGUUGAGUGUUAUUAUAGCGUGUGUGAUCUGUGUCGUGUACUACACGCCGAUGCCAGAGGAAUAUUUCGAGAACUGCGACCGCGAAUGUAAUGAACUGGAUUGGCCUAUGAUCUGCCGCAUAAAGCUGGUCAUCGAAGUCUAUAAGACUCUCAGCAAAUCAUGUGGCAGCUGCACUGAAAAAAGCGGGGAGGAAUGUCCUGCACUGUGUAUUUCUGCGGACGGCCGGGAAAGAGGAGUUCUCACAAUAAAUAGAGAACUGCCUGCGCCGCCUUUACACGUUUGCCACAACGACAUCCUCGUGGUGGACGUCGUGCACCGCGCGCCCGCGCACGCACUGGCCAUGCACUGGCGGGGCCAGCCGCAGAAGGAAACUCCCUUCAUGGAUGGAGCCCCCAUGCUCACUCAAUGCCCGCAACCGGCGUACACAACAUUCCAGUACAAAUUCCGAGCAUCAGAAGUCGGAACGCACAUGUACCACGCGCAUUCCGCCGCUGACGCUGCCGAUGGGCUCGCUGGAGCCCUCAUCGUUCGGCAGUCUCCGAAACUAGAUCCCUUACGGAGACUAUACGAUAUCGAUGCUACCGAACAUACAAUAUUUGUAGCGGAAUGGGGUCACUCUAUGGGACCGCUUGCUGAAUUGAACUCAAAAAUGCCCAAUGCCGAAUCUCUGCUAAUUAACGGUAAAGGGAAAACGGCAGAUUCUCCGGAUAUCCCUAUAUCAAAGUUUAAAGUUGAAUCUGGAAAAAAAUACAGAUUCCGUUUGGCUUAUGGUGGUGGUUCAAAGAGCUGCCCUGUAAAAUUAUCUAUCGACGAGCAUCAAAUGAAAGUAGUCGCAUUAGACGGUCACAGAAUAGAUUCCCAAUAUGUGGAUUCUAUUGAAAUGGGAAGAGGGGAGCGAGCAGAUUUCAUUUUGGAUGCAAAUAAAGCUCCCGGCGUGUAUAAAAUCAAAGUUGUUGCUGAUAAAGUUUGCCAAGAGAGCUUGGAAGGUGUGGCGGAGUUGGUGUAUGUGAAUAAAGGGAACAAAGUGUUACAUGAACAGGACAAGCCCGUUUCCGAAGUGCGCGAGUUAUCGACUGUGAGCAGUACUCGGUGUUCCCACGCGAGUGUGUUAUGUUUGGACGAGCUGCGCGCGGCGGAUAAACUUCCAGUGGAGUUAGCCGGAGCUAUUGAGAAGAUAAUUUAUGUGCCUUUCAAUUAUUCCACUAGACGAAUUUCGGCGAAACGAGUUGAGAGUUGGGGUCAAACGGACGGGCACCGGUUCACGUACCCUGCGUCGCCGCUGCUGACUCAAGCAGCGGAUGUAAGGCCUGACUCACUGUGCAAGGAAGGCCCGGGCCAGGGCGACGAGUGCGUCCAUGUGAAGAGCGUGCCACUGGGCUCCACUGUGGAAGUCGUCAUGUUCGAUCAGGGCGGCGAAUCUGACCACAUCUUCCACCUCCACGGCUACAGUUUCUACGUAGUUGGCAUCAGAGGGUUCAACAGCAGUCUAGACAAGGACACCAUUCUGAAAAUGAACGAAGAAGGCACUCUGUUCCCGUCCAAAAACCUUAUCGAUCCUAUUAUAAAAGACACUAUAACAAUUCCAAAAUUCGGAGUAGUAGCGCUCCGUUUCAAAGCUGACAACCCAGGGUACUGGCUGAUGAGAGAUGAAAGGUCCACGCAUUGGACAAGAGGACUAGACUUUAUACUCAAAGUGGGACAGGAAGGUGAUUUCGUUCAAGCUCCUGCCGAUUUCCCAAAGUGUGGCUCUUACGUUGGCCCCGAGUAUUUCCUGAUUUAAAUAAGAC